AUGCUAUCGGGCAGUCAGGCGAUGACGUUCUGCUACGUCCUGCUGCCGCAACUAAAUGCGAUCUCUCCUCUAGAUGAUGAGCGAGCUUCCUGGAUCGCGUCUAUCAAUGGCGUAUCAUUGCCAAUCGGACUUCUGAUCACAACGCCGAUGAUGAACACAUACGGAAGGAAACCUGCCAACAUGUUUCGAGCCAUCCUAGCCACAGUGGCGUGGAUCUGCCUCUCUCUUACUUCAGAUUACUACGUCAUUCUCUUCUGUAGAUUCCUGCAAGGCAUCUGUCUCGGUUGCGCAGCUAUCCUUGUUCCUGUCUUGCUUGGAGAAUAUUCCAGUCCAAAAAAAGGUAACUACGAUGAAUGUAGACGUAUAUUCAAUUGGCUGAGAUAUCCGAAUGAAGGACGUAGUUUAGUUUUACCUAACAUACUUGCGGUGGCUUACGGUUUGUUAGUAUCUCUGCUGAUACUCCCAGAGACAAAGGAUAAAACAUUACAAGAUAUUGAAGAAGAAUUUAAAGGUGUUCUUAAAGAUAGGGAAUUGAAUAAUUUAAUAGAGAAACAAGAUUUAAUACGGUAA